AAAGGUUUCAUGUUAAGGGUUUGUGCACUAAUCUGUCUGUGGGACUGAGAUGGACGUCGAGCGGCUGCUCUUCUCUCUGUCCGUGUGUGUGUUUAGUUUCCUGGUGCUUGUGACUGGGAGAGGAGAUGAUCAGAGAUCCAGCUCCAUCACAGCUCCUCAUCUCCUCCUCCUCCCCAUGUUCCACCAUCAUCCCACUCCUGCUGUGUCUAAAGAGCUUCUCAGUCCUGUGACAGGAAGCAGCUUGUUACCACGUCCCCUGUCAGAUAUUCUGAUUCCACAGAGACACGAAUCUCCCACCCGGGUGUCUCCUGUCAGUAAUAAUCACGGUGUGGAGGUGUGGUGUGGUUACAGCAGGAUUACCGUCACAAUCAAUCAGGACCGACUGAACUUCCGGAGCUCCGCCGCUCAUUUCCGGUUAGGAACGUGUCCGGCGUCACGUGUUGACGGGAGCGUCGUGUAUUUCCACUACGACCUGAAUGAGUGUGGGAGUUUACUGUCGGUAGUAAAGGGGAAGCUCCUGUAUGCUAAUGAGGUUCUCUACAGACCAGAGAGACACGUAGCGGUUCUCCGAGCCAUGCCGCUGAAGCUAGCAGUCCAGUGUGUGUACGAUCGGUUUCACUAUUCGUACAAAAUCGGCUAUUUCCCUGAAUUUCGUCCUCAGUCGUAUCGGAAGACGAUGGUGAAGAAGCAGCUCUUCAGUGUGUCUGUGCGUGAUGCUAACUGGCAGGAACUCGGGGUGAACGAGAGUUUCAUCCUCGGGGAGCCCAUGUACUUUGAAGUUGCCACCGAAACGAUUUCGAAGGACAAGAGCGUCUACGUGGAGGCCUGUCACGUUACGGCGAGUAAGGAUUCUAACUCCACCCAACGCUAUGAUGUCAUCAGCAACUUCGGCUGUAUGGUGGAUAGUAAGAGGACAGGAAGUCGGUCGCGUUACGUCUCCAGGCAGAUGAACGUCCUUCGCUUUUCACUCGAUGCGUUUUCAUUCGCUGAGGCGGCUUCAGAGCGUUUUUAUCUGCACUGCACUGUUCUGGUCGGAAACGUGACGGCGAGCGCCACAGCAAAGUCCUGCACCUACAGUGAGUCUGAGCACCGGUGGGCGGAGCUGAAUGGACACACCUCUGUCUGUACCUGCUGUGACUCUGAGUGUCGGCUGUCGGGGUUCAAUUUGUGGUCCUCAGUGCAGCAGAUGGUGGUGAGCAGUAAACCAUGGAGUUUAAUCCACGAUAAAGUUUUUCCUGAAGCCUCUGAGGAGCUGAACACUGUGUCGGGCUCCAUCCUGUUACAUCACCUACAUCAACAUGGGGAGGGGGAGGGGGAGGGGGAGUCAGAGCAUGAGGAGGUGUUAGAACAUGAGGGGGAGGAGGAGGUGUCAGAAUAUGAAGGGGAGGAGGAGUCAGAACAUGAGGGGGUGUCAGAAUAUGAAGGGGAGGAGUCAGAACAGGAGGAGGAGGAGUUAUGUGUAGGGGAGGGGUUAGAGGAGGAGGUUGUGAUGGGCAUUGGAGAGAGUGUUGGGGAUGAUGAAAUGAUGAGUGAUGAAGGGAUAGAGGAAGAUGACAGUGAAGAAUAA